AUGAGACUUGGUCAUCUAAUUGACUGGCUCAGAAUUCAAGUUCUUGCCCCUUCAAAUGUUGGUAAAAGUAGUUUCAUCAUGACUAUUCACUCUGCCAUAAAGGGAAUGAGAGAGAAACCAACAGGAUUGGAAGUUAGAGUUUCAGGUGGAGCAGAUCAUACUACCAUGAGUGUUAAUAAUUAUCCACUUACUGAGAAGAUCUCAAUCAAUGAUAUUUUUGGUUGGGAUUUCAAUUCAGAUAAUUUGCAAGUUGAUCGUUUUAAAUGUUUAUUGGAAGGUAUGCUUAAAUUUGGUCAAUCAAAGAAUGAUCCAAGUGUUAGUGAAAGUGAUCUUUCGAGAGCAAGCAAUGCUGUAUUAUUAAUGUUGACAUUUGAAGAUUGUUUCACACCUGGUUUCUUGGAAAAACUCAAAGUUUUGCACGACAGUGCCAGAGAAAUGGGAAGAGUUGUUGCCUUUGCUAUUACCAAAUUGGAUACUAUUGCUGAUGAUACUAAAAUUCAACAAUUUAAUGAUUCAGUUGAUCCAGAAACAGCUCAGAACUUUCUUUUAAAUAGUUCUGCUUUUAAGAGAUGUUCAGAAAGGAUUCAACAAGUUAUUAGCGGUCAAGCCUGCUGUUAUCCACUUGUAAAUUAUCAGAAUCAUCAACAGUCAACUAUUAGAAAGUUGGAUUAUCUUGCUGGAAGUAUUGUUGAGGGAAUUUUGAUUCAACUUGAAAGAGAAAGUAUGUUGAUUGAUACCAGCUCUGAAAUAUUUGAUCCAUUCCAAUUCGAAACCCCAAUUAAAGCUGUAAAAAUUAACUAA